AUGGGGGGGGCCGUGUCCCCCCCCGUCCCCGCCUGGAUUUCCGCCUAUGGAAAACAGAGUGAAGGAAAGAGCUCCAACCCAGGCUCAGACAGCAAGCCCAGUCCCACAGCAUCAGGAAAUCAUAAACAAUGCAGACAGAAGCACCAACCCUGCUGUAGCGACAGUUUUAUUUGUCCAACUCACCUCAAAUCACUCAAACASACUCCCAAAAUAAAGAAGACAUACCUCUGCUCCCAAUGUGGGAAGAGUUUCAGUCGGACAGGAGACCUAAAGAGUCAUCAGAGAUCACACAGUAAAAAAAAGCCUUACCACUGRGCUCAGUGUGGGGAGGGAUUCACUCAGCUUGGAAGUCUAAAAAGUCACCAGAGAAUACAUACAGGGGAGAAGCCUUACCACUGCUCCCAGUGUGGGAAGAGCUUUAAUCGUUCAGGAAACCUUACAGAACAUCAAAGAAUACAUACAGGGGAGAAGCCUCACCACUGCACCCAAUGUGGSAAGUGUUUCAGUCGGGCAGGAAUUCUAAAGACUCAUAAGAGAACUCACACAGGAGAGAAACCUUUCCACUGCUCUGCUUGUGGGAAGAGUUUUACAAGAGAAGUAAGCCUAAAGAAUCAUCAAAGAGUACACACUGGAGAGAAACCUUUCCACUGCUCCACAUGRGGGAGGGGUUUCAGUGAGAAAGUAAAUCUUAAUAGACARGAGAGAGUACAUAGUGAAGAGAAGCCUUACCACUGCACCACAUGUGGGAAGAGCUUUAAUCAUUCAGGAAGCCUUAAGGAACACCAGAGAAUACAUACAGGGGAGAAACCUUACCACUGCACUGAGUGUGGAAAGAAAUUCCGUUUUGCAGGAGAUCUAAAGAAUCACCAGAGAUCACACAGUAGYGAGAAGCCUUACCACUGCUCUCUUUGUGGGAAGAGUUUCAAUCAACCCGGAAACCUAAAGAGUCAUCAGCGAAUACACAUAGAAGAGAAGCCUACCUGUACUGUCAAUGUGAUUAUCAAAGAGGAGGAGGGUGAGAGGGAAAUCAAUGAUAAGGUAAAGAGAGAAYUUGAGGAAAGUAAUGGUGUAGUUGACUCAGGUACUUCAAGACUACCUGGUCGUUAUCGUUACCCCUGCCCUCAAUGUGGGAAGAAUUUUAGUUCCUCAAGUAAUCUAAAGAAUCAUCAAAGAGUACACACUGGAGAGAAACCUUUCCACUGCUCAGCAUGUGGGAAGCGUUUCCGUGAGAAAGCACACCUUAAGAGACAUGAGAYGGUACAUAGUGGAGAGAAGCCUUACAACUGCUUCGAAUGUGGGAAGAAUUUCCGUMUGGAAGAUACUCUACAGAAACACCAGAGAAUCCACACAGGAGAGAAGCCUCACCACUGCUCUCUUUGUGGGAAGAGCUUUAAUCAUUCAGGAAGCCUUAAAGAACAUCAAAGAAUACAUAGUGGAGAGAAGCCUUACCACUGCUCUUUUUGUGGGAAGAGCUUCUAUCAUUCAGGAACCUUUAAGAAACAUCAGCAAAGACACAUUGGAGUGAACUAA